ACAUGGCGGAGAGGAGGGUGAGGACUGGUUGGAACAAGCUCGUUUUGGAUGGUUUUGGAUUGUAGAACAUGGUGUAGAUUUCAACACUCGCAGCUCACACAGACUGAAGGAUGGAGGCCUCAUGUCUGGAGCUGGCACUGGAGGGCGAGCGGCUGUGUAAGACGGGCGAUUAUCGUGCAGGUGUUUCCUUUUUCGAGUCGGCAAUCCAGGUGGGCACAGAAGACCUUCAGAUUCUCAGCGCUAUCUACAGUCAGCUGGGUAAUGCCUACUUUCACCUGCAGGACUACAGCAAAGCACUCGAGUUCCACAGGCACGACCUCACUCUUACCAGGACAAUUGGGGAUCAGCUCGGUGAGGCUAAAGCUAGCGGUAAUCUGGGAAACACAUUAAAGGUUCUGGGUCGAUAUGACGAGGCAGCAGCUUGUUGUCAGAGACACUGGGACAUUUCUACAAUGCUCCAUGACAAGGUGGGGCAGGCACGAGCGCUGUAUAAUUAUGGCAACGUGUACCACGCCAAGGGUAAGAACAUAUGCUGGAGUGGUACAGACCCAGGAGAGUUUCCAGAGGAGGCACGGAUUGCGCUAAAGAAAGCGACAGAAUACUACGAAGCGAAUCUCUCCAUCGUAAAAGAGCUGGGCGACAGAGCGGCACAGGGCCGGACGUGUGGCAACCUUGGCAACACACAGUACUUGCUUGGAAACUUCCAGAAUGCAGUGCUGGCCCAUGAACAGAGACUCCACAUUGCUAAGGAGUUUGGUGACAGGGCGGCUGAAAGGAGGGCGUACUGCAACCUUGGAAAUGCCUACAUCUUCCUGGGCCAGUUCGAGGUGGCAGCUGAAAACUACAAGCGUACACUACAGUUGGCCCGGCAGCUGAGGGACCGAGCAGUGGAGGCUCAGGCCUGUUACAGCCUGGGCAACACCUACACACUGCUACAGGACUAUGAGAGAGCCAUUGACUAUCAUCUCAAACAUCUCAUCAUCGCUCAGGACCUAAAAGAUAGGAUAGGGGAAGGGAGAGCUUGCUGGAGUUUAGGGAACGCCCACACCGCUCUGGGAAACCACGAACAAGCCUUACACUAUGCUCAGAAACAUCUGGAGAUUUCUAGAGAGAUUGGAGACCAGAGUGGGGAGGUCACAGCUCGGAUGAACGUGUCAGAUUUGCAGCUGGUGUUGGGGCUGAAACAAAACCACACCAACAACACAGACGGCCACCUGGAGAACAACGGGAGUCCAACUGGAACAAAUCUGAGGUCAAGUAGAAGACAUAGCAUGGAGAACAUGGAACUCAUGAAACUAAGUCAAGACAAAAGUCCAGGACCCUUCGGUGAUGAGGACACCUUGCCCAAGCAGCCCAAAUCUUCACCUGUAGCCAAGGCUUCAUCCAAACUGUCCUUCAUCAAUCGUUUCAAGAGCAGGAAGCAAAAAACGAAUGAAAGUCUGAGUAACAAAACAAGUCCCAACCUGUCUCCUAAUGCAACUGAGCUGGACCCUAAGUUUGCACCGGACACGCUGGGCGACGAGGGAUUUUUCGACCUCCUCACUCGUUUCCAAGGAAACCGCAUGGACGAUCAAAGGUGCUCCUUGGUGGGCGGUUUAACCCGGGGCUCCUCCCCCUCCCCCUGUGAUACCCCACCUGUAGCUGUGAGAAGACCUAUUUCUUCAUGCGAAGGGGAGGCCGCAGCUCAGCCUGGGCAUUUCCUCGACCUGCUGGCCAGCUCACAAAACAGGCGGUUGGACGAGCAGCGGGUGAGCGUGGGCAAUCUGCCAGGUUUAAGACUCGACCAGAACACCAGCCAGGCUGUGAUCAGCCAGCUCAUAGCCAGCGCUGAUAGCAAGGAUCCAGACGAAGACUUCUUCGACAUUCUCAUCAAGUGCCAGGGUUCCCGGCUGGACGAUCAGAGGUGUGCCCCUCCUCCUCCCCCAACACGAGGUCCCACUGUCCCAGAUGAAGACUUUUUCAGCCUCAUCAUGCGCUCACAGGCCAAACGCAUGGACGAGCAGCGCGUCAUCCUGCCCUCCGACCCCGGACCCACACCCCUCAACCCGGACUGAGCAAACAUGCUAGCAAAGACCCAGGAGCUUCUAAAGCUCCUCAGUUCCUCACAGACUGAACCGAGAGCCUUGUUCAGCUGAAAAACAGUCUGAAGCCACGUGCUUCAGUUUGCUCAGUGUAGGACUGGGGCUUCUGAGCCUGAAGACACAUUCAGCUCUGUUUUUACUACAUAAACAUGAAGGACUGUUAACGGACAUCAGAAUGGAUAUUACAAUUCCAGAACAGUGUGGACACAGACUUUUUCUGGACUCCACCACUAAUUUAACCAAGUGGUUCUAAUAAAUUACAACAAAAUAAAUGUACAAAAUGACACUGCAGUGGGAUUUUUUGUAAGGUAAACGCUUUAUUCCAGAUCAGAACAAGGUAACGUCUCGUCCUCAGGGUUUUACAAUCGUACACUGUCUCUUUCGUAUUUCCUGAGGGGUUACUGACUCUUACAAACCUUUGUUACAGAGAGAAAAGACCUCCUACAUUUUUUUUUAAAGACUAUAUAAAUUACUUCCUUUUUAAUUGUUUACUAAAGCUGAGCAUAUUAAUAAUGAUUGAGAUGUUUUUUAUGUAUUUUAGAAACAAAAAUGUACUUGAAAAAUAACUGACAUUUGUCAAAAGAGAUGACAAAAGGUUUGAUCAUGUGAAAUUGCAUGUAUGUUUUACAUGGCACAAAUAAAACAACUUUUCUAUCAA